AUGACAAAUAAUUACAAAGAUCAUACAGUUAACUCUUCACGACGUUUUAAACUACCAAUAUCUUCUACAUCAACAUCAUCAUAUGAUAAUAUUGCCCUUCCAAAAAUUGAAAAUUCUCGAUUUAAGAUUAUUCAACGACGCCAAACACGGACGAAUACAUUACUAGCAUCAAUUACAAUUUUAUUUGUUUUAGCAUGGUUACCUUUGCAUAUUUUUAAUCUUGUUAUGGAUAAACGUGAAUCUUUAAUACUUAGAGAACCAUUCGAUAUCACCUUAUUACCUCAGACAGAGUAUGUAAAUAAGAGUAUUACUGAAGCUUACAACUCAAAUCAACAAUUUGAAAUCAUGAAUCAACAGAUGACUGCAUUUUCAUUACCACCAAUUAAUAACAAACAAAAAGAGAACAGUAAAUAUGGUAUUGGCAGAAAAAUUACAUUAAUUCAUUCCUUUUGCUUAUUAUGCGUUCUUGUUUCAGCCUGUGCAAAUCCUGUUCUCUAUGGAUGGUUGAAUGAAAAUUUUCACAGAGAGUUAACUUUAAUGUUUCCAUGGAUAUUUCGAACAAAACAACAAGAUUCAACAGUUUCAAUGAAUGCUGAUCGGAAUUAUCCUAGCACACUGCAAUAAAAUAUCCAUACAAUAUUAUCAAUCAGAGAAUACAUAUAUGUUUUAAAUAUUUUUAUUGUUCGUUUUUCUUUUUUGAUUUUUGCCCAAAAUACACAUGAAUAUUAUUUUCAAAAGAGUGAUAGAAUUCCUUAUUCUUCAAUUUUUUUUUUCUUUCUACUAACUGUAAUUACUUAGGCAUCUUCUAUACUUUUAACACACCGUAUAUAUCAACAUGUGCUCUCUUUGAUGUAUUCCAGCACUUGUUAUUUUGGCGC